AUGCAGAGACAGGCCAGCACGAGCAGGCUGACGGCGGUGUGUGCGUCAGCAUGUACGGCCACAAGGCGGCCAGCAGCAGAGCUAGCCCUGCCAGCGCGCACCAGACGGCCAUACAGUAGCCCUGCGAGGACAGCAGGAGGAGCAGCUCCAAGAUCCGCCCUUGCUCGUCCUUCCCUACCCUCUCCGGCUCAGCCGAGGACAGAGCGACGGGCGCUCCACAGACGGAGGCCGCUCACGUACGAUCUCGAUCAAGACCUGGGCAGCUUCAUGUCGAGUCGCACGCUCAAGAUGCUCGCCGUCGAUUUCCAAGAUGGACUGCUUCACCGUCUGAACGAUCAGGUCAGAGGCACGCCCCUCGAGAAUGCGACCGUGUUCAGCACCGUCACUCGCACGGCCGGCGACCGCAAUCAGAUCCUCGCCUUCAACCUGGCAUCCGAAGCGCUCAACAACAACUUCUUCCUGCAUCACUUUACGAGCGAGGAGAGGAGUAAGGAGCGCACACCCGCGCUCGACACUGCGCUCGCCGCCCAAUUCGGCGACUUCACUGCCUUCAAGAACAAGUUCUCAUCUGCCGCCAUGGGCAUGCAUGGCACCGGCUACAUCUGGCUCGUCAUCGACGGCGUCGACCAGAUGGGCAUCCUUGCUACCUAUGGCUCAGGCACCGUGCUCGUCCAGGGCGCCGAACAGCGAGGCUACUUUCACGAGAUCCUCGGCGAGUCUGUCGCGCGAGGGACGGCGGUCGAAGCACCGCCUUCCGAUACCGCAGCCGGUCCUGCCGUCGCAUCGUCGGCAUCUGCCACAAACGCAAGGCCGACCCGUCCAGGCGAACGCGCUUUCUCCACGAGCGCCAGACAGCAAUACGAGCUCGCGGGUGGGCUGGAAGUCACCAAACUGGGUCGAGUGGGCAGUGAGCUCGCCCCUCUGCUCUGUCUGAGCGUGCACGAGCGGUCCUGGCUCUUCGACCACGGCGUCUGGGGGAAGGAGGACUACAUCCGGCAAUACUGGGACCACAUCGACUGGCAGGCAGUCUCUGCUUCCUACUCGCGCAUCGCGAGACAGGGCAUGCGAUGA